AUGUCUGACGCUCCAGACUACGCUAAGCCUACUCUUCCUGAAGAUGGUCAAAAGAUACCUUCACCAUCUGGUCAAGCUCCAGAAGAUGUCCAUGAGGAAAGUUCUGCAGUGCCUACUCCUGCUGGUAUGGCACCAGGCUACGGUGCUCCCCAACAACCCUAUGGUGCCCCUCGAGCUCCAGCUCCACAACCCUACGGUGCACCACCUCCCCAACCUUACGCUCCUCGACCUCCUCAACCUUACGGCGCUCCAGCUCCACAACCUUACCGUCAACCAGCUCCUCAAGCAUACGGUGCUCCACCCGCACAAGCAUACGGUGCACCCCGACCUCCAGCUCCUGCCCCCGUACAAGCUCCGGCCCCCGCACCAGCUCCAGCAGCACCACAACAGCCCGUCAUAAUCAAUAUCCAACAAAACGCUGGUGGAUUCAACUGGGCUCCCCGACCUUCUCAAGUGGCUCGCCAAAAUUGCCCACCAGGCUUUGAAUACUUUCUUGGCGUCAAUUCAGUCGUUGUCCAUCAAAAUAUCUCUUGCUCCGUAAAUUGUACCUCGCUUAUUUGUCCCUGCUGCACUCCAUGCGUCCAUUCUGGAAAUGAAUACAAUAUUCUCAAUGCCCAAGAUCAAGCUCUUUUCGAGCUAAAAGAAACUGAAAAUUGUGGUGGUGUUUGUGGCAAAAUGUGCGUUGGACCCAAUCGAGGAUUCGAAAUGGUAAUGACUGAUGGUCUUAACCGCGUCGUUUGUAAAAUAAAACGAACAUUCAAAUGCAGAUCUAGCUGCUGUAAUUAUCUACCAUGUACUCUGCAAGAACUCGAGGUUACCGAUGCGCACAACAACCCAAUCGGUUUCAUCAAGCAGCAAGCUUCCUGUUGUGAUAUGAAGUAUGAAAUCUGCACGCCUACCGGAGUUCCCACCCUUUUAAUCGAACAAGACCGAAGUCUCUGUGAAAAGCUCUUUCCCGCAUGUACAAGCUCAUUCUUUCCCCUCAAAUCUUACGACGGCAAGAAUAGCAUCGGAGGCGUGACGAAGGAGCAGUCGUGUUGCGAAAUGUUCAGUGGAGAACAAAAAUACCGGGUCGAUUUCCCCAAAGAUUUGGACGUGAAAAUGAAGACGACCGUUGUUGCAGCUUCAAUUCUGAUCGACUACUUGUACUUUGAAAAUGGCGCCUUUGGAAUUAUCUCAAACAUUAUACCUUUUUAA